CAGGGAACUAGGCAGGCCAACUUGCAGAGUGCAGCUCAGCCUCGACAGCGGCUGCUUCCAACUGGGGCUUGUCGGAGAGCAUCGCACUCCCAUGUGCGCUGCUGUGUCCGCUGGAUGUUGAAAUCGCGCCGUGCGCCUCGCCAGGAGCCACCAUGUCCAACCCAACCCACGACCCGUUCUACUCCUCUCCGUUCGGACCUUUCUACAGAAGACACUCGCCCUACAUGGUCCAGCCCGAGUAUCGGAUCUACGAGAUGAACAAGCGGCUGCAGACGCGCACAGAGGAAAGUGACAGUUUGUGGUGGGAUGCCUUUGCUACAGAGUUUUUCGAGGAAGAUGCUACCCUCACGCUCUCCUUCUGCCUCGAAGAUGGACCAAAAAGAUACACAAUCGGCCGGACGUUGAUACCCCGUUAUUUCAGCACAGUGUUUGAGGGCGGCGUCACCGAGCUCCAUUACAUCCUGAAACACUCCAAGGAGUCCUUCCACAACUCCUGCAUCACUCUGGACUGUGAUCAGUGCACCAUGGUCACCCAGCAUGGGAAGCCAAUGUUUACAAAGGUUUGCACAGAGGGUCGGUUGAUACUGGAGUUUGCCUUCGAUGAUCUGAUGAGGAUCAAGACGUGGCACUUUACCAUCCGGCAGUACCGGGAGCUCAUCCCGCGCAGCAUCCUGGCCAUGCACGCGCAAGACCCUCAGGUGCUGGAACAACUGUCCAAAAACAUCACGCGCAUGGGCUUGACCAACUUCACCCUCAACUACCUCAGGUUGUGCGUCAUCUUGGAGCCCAUGCAGGAGCUCAUGUCGAGGCACAAGACCUACAACCUCAGUCCUCGGGACUGUCUCAAGACAUGUCUGUUCCAAAAAUGGCAGAGAAUGGUAGCACCACCAGCUGGACACCCACAGAACUUCAAAACGGAAAUAUUUCCCACAAAUCACAAAAAAGCUGGUCGCGCCAAAGCUGAGCCUGCCCGACAGACAACCACGAAGAGGAGGAAACGGAAGAACUCAGCCAGCAGCGCCAACAGCAGCGUGGGCACCGCCGCCAGCAAGAAGCGCAGCCCCGCCACCAACUUCAGCCUCUCCAGUCAGGUACCUGACGUGAUGGUUGUUGGAGAGCCGACCCUCAUGGGCGGCGAGUUUGGGGACGAGGAUGAGCGUCUGAUCACCCGUCUGGAAAACACGCAGUACGACGCCACCAAUGGCCUGGAUGACGAGGACGAUUUCAACAGCUCCCCAGCUCUGGGAAACAACGCCCCCUGGAGCAGCAAACCCCCUGCCGCCCAGGACAGCAAGCCCGAGAGCACAGCGCCCCAGCCCUCGCAGUAAAAAUAUAAUAAACAAAUUACAUAAAAGAAGAAAACAACAGAUCCUUGGCUCCAUGUGGGUUAGACAUUUAAACCUCUCCCCCUUUACCCUGAGGACAGCGCUUCUGUGCCGCAUAAUGAAUUCACCUGUCUGCAAAACCACCACUGGCAUGUCUAGCCAAACUUUGUCAUCUGGGAUAUUUUCUUCUCUGAAUCAUUGUAACAUUUCUUUUAAAAAACACAGAGAACUGCUCAGACGUAUCUACAGACAAUAAAUGCAUACAAAACGUAUGCAAUGUAAAUUAAAAUUAUUAUUGCAGACUGACUUUUUCCCUUCAGUGGAAAACUGUAGAUCAAAUUCUCCCCCCCCGGACCUUCAGAUACGAACCUCCUGUCUGGUGGAAUACCUCAGCUGUGAUUGGUUGACCUGCAGGUCACAAGUCAUCAUGCUGACUGCGGACAGUGGGAAAGAGAGAAGAGUAAAAACAACAAACAAAAUGUCUCUGAAAUAGAAAGCUGGUGAAGGGAAGGUGGUUUUUAGCAGCCAGCGGAGCCCAUGGAAGUGUCUCACCGCAUUGGACUCAAAUGAAACAUUGUUGGAGGCAAUUGCAUUUUUAUUGGAAAUUCAGUCGGCCGUUGGUUUGUUUCUACUGUUGCUCGAGUUUCAUUUCCAAUUAAGAGGAAAUAAAAGUUCUCUACAAAGUGGAAGCUUUUUCAAAUGAGGAAAAUCUUGUCCUGGAAUUGUUUUCUUAACGUUACUGCGGCUGUCACAGAUUGUGAUUUCAUGCAAACCAGUUUGAUUGUGUUUGUAGUCUAUUGGUAUUUUUGCUUCUUUCUGAAUCCUUUGAAGUCACAUUGUAAUUUUGCCAAUCAGUUUGUGAACUUUGCUGACACAUGUUGAUGCUUUAUUGUUUUUCUUUAUUAUUAUUCCUGGAAAGUUGGACUUCUUUCCCUUUAACGACCUAAUCCCAAACUGAUACAAAAGCCUUCUCCUGCAUGAUUUUAUACAAUUUUUAUUUGGUUUGAUAAAUGUGCUCUUUGAAACGCAUCGUUUGGUUUUUGCUUUUUGUGUUCAUCAGUUUGGGAACACUGUAACAAGGUUUGUAGCUCUGUAAAUAGAGGUGGAAUCUAUUUUGUCCACUGUAAAUCAGCCACUGAAAGCAGUGUGGAUAUGGCAGCUGUUUUUGUUUUAUACCAGUUUCUCAUUUCUGUAGGGUGGUUUGGAUGGAUGCUGGUUUGCUUUAUUUUGAACCAAAACUUCUCAUGUUUCUACACCUCUCUAGCUAGUACAGAACCAAAGCCACAAAGUUAACGAACAGCCACAUUGUCACAUGACGAUUUACUGAGGACUUAGUGACAAACUGAAGGAACAAACCAGUUUUGCAUUUUCAGAUUGACAUACAAUCUCAUCCACCCCACAGAAAUGCUUUAAGAUCCCCGUGUUUGUUCACAAUUGUUCUUUAAUCUUCAAUUGAAUCGAUACCCCAGUAUAUCCUUGAUCUUUUUGUUGGAUUUUUGUUUAAAAAUGGGCAAGAAAACAAUGACAGAUGUCUUUAUACAAUUCGAUCUAAUGGGUAUUUAUUUGUGUAUUUGUAAGGAAGCUAACACAUUUCAAAAUAUGUUUGAGCCUAGUAUUAUUAGACACCAUUUGUACAUUAUAUAGCAGAGGUGUUCAGUGUCAUAUCUGAUGUCUGGUAUGUAUGCUUUACCAUUAUGUGUGCCAAUAAACCGUGCUUACAGAAAAGCUGAAUUUGGUUUGAUCAACACACAUGUGGUAUUAAACGACGGUCUUGUUUCUUGAA